AUGAGUUUAUUCCAUCGACGAAGCAGGUCUGCGUCGGCCUCGCGGCCCCAGAACACCAAUGUUUCGGCUUCAGCUCAUGUCGCAGCUACCCAGGCUUUUCUCGCGAGCCGUGCUUCACAGGCAAACCUGUCAGCUUCCGCUGCCGCCGCUGCUCUCAGAAAUCUGACUCCGACCCCAACCCCGGUCGAUCAGGUGCAGACCAAACGCAUGGUACAGAAGCGGGCCUCCAUGUCAUCUAUCACUGGCUCUGGUAGAGGACGACCUGGAGGUCUACAAAGACAAGGCAGUUCCGGUUCCAUGACCGAGCGGACCUUCCGGACUCCUUCACCAUCGCCUUCAAGGCAAGCAUCGCGCCCCGAACCUGUAGCGCAUCCACCUGUUCCUGCACUCCCUCAGAACUAUGCCAACAGUCCUACCACUGCGCCGAAACCGAAAAAACACAAACCCCGUGCUGCUAGUCAAGACUCAUAUGCUCCUCGACUGUCAUCUCCGCCCGCAGCUCGACCCAACAAUCCACGUCAAGCUCCGGAUCCUCUGACAUCCCGCCCGCAGCAAUACCAAUCAUCUCCUAUACAGCGUAGGCCUGAUCUAGCUUUGACAGAUGAUCUCGAACGUACGGACAGUAGAAAUUCCAUCAAUUUCUCCAGGCCCUUGUCACCACGACCCCAAUCUCCAACUCCACAAUCACCCGUGGCUCAUUCCCCUAUGCUCACCAAUGGCGACCGUUUUCCGCCCAGUGUUGUAGCAUCCAUCUCCCCGGCACAGGCGGACGAUAUUCAAUACGGUCUAUCACAAGUGGCCAAUCAACCGGUGAAGAAAAAGAAAAAGAAGGUUGCCACUCACUCGGCAGAGGGGAGUCAUCUGCAUGGCGGUACAAUGGCAAGUAAACCCGUGGUGCACCCACUUGAGCCCGGGCCGGCGCAUACAGGACAGCUCUACGUCCAAGACCAACAACAGGCGAUCCCCAAGAAGAAGAAAAAGAAAAAGGUCGCCGUCACGGGGGAAAGUUCGCAUUUCGCUGACGUCCAAAGUCCGGAGAUAUCCAACACCGAAUAUUCAUCCCGGGUCGACUCGGAUUCGGAUUCCAACACUGAGAGAACCAAAGACAAACGUGCUCAGCGAGCUUCAGGCAUACUCCAGAAGCAGCCUUCGAUAGUAAAGGAGGACUGGGAAGGCGAACAGAACGAGCAAGCUCCUCUCACCCACAAUCAGAACGGUACGGUGACUGGCGAACCAUCGACGCGACCCAGUAUAUCGACAACUCCAGCUGCCGCGCGGACUACCACCGCAGCAAAUGUGUCCAAAAAGAUCAAUGAGCCUGCUUCUGUACCAGACUCAUAUAUUCAGCCGACAGGGCCAAACUAUCAUGCAUUGACCACAGCAGACCAGUUGGAUUCGUCCCCAGCCUCGUCUGUGAGCCUCCAGGUGCAAUCACCGCAAGCAGUCAGAGGUUCAUCAUUAAGUCCCUCCCGAUCUAAAACCAGGUUUUCGGACAGGCUCUCCUCAGAUCUUGCUGCAGGACGAAAGCAUGAUCCACUUCCACGGUCGGUCUCUCCAGCUAAAUCAGCGCUGAAGCAUCAUUCACCUGCACCCAGCGGUUCACCAUUGGAUCCAAAUUUCAAACCAAGAGGUGCUAGUGCCACCCCAAGCGAAACUUCAGAUAUCUCAAACACUGAGCCUGAAGCUUUGCCGAAGCGCAAGAAAUCAGCCAGAGUCAGUUUCGAUGCUGCACCAGAGGCUGUUGCUUCUCCCUCGUCUACUGAAGCUGUCGAGAGCCCAAGCAAAGAGAAGAGAGGUUGGCUUGGCAUGGGUAAGAGCAAACCAACACUGUCUACCAUUCCCUCCAAUGAUGACAUGGAAGAAUUGAUGAAGCCUCGCCCGCAACUUCCAUCUUUUGGUAGCGUUCGUGGCCAAAAAUCUCGCGACGGAAAUGACCUGGCCACUGCCGCCAGAUUGAUAUCUGCAGAAAAUCAUUCCCAGACCUCGGAGGACAGUAAACUCGCUCCUUCCUCGGUCGCUUCCUCCGAGACCUCAUCCAGUUCCUUCAAUCAUGCACCAGCAGUGGGCGUGUCCAAUGACCACCUGGUGGGCGCCAUUCUUGCUCAAGACCACCAGAAAACAUUGAGACCUGCGGGUAAUGAACCCUUACCGCCAGAGGUCACUUCGGUUGAAGGGGGUGUCUCUUUCUCCGACUCUGAAAACGAGAGCUCGGAGGAGGAAGCAGAAGACAUCCAAGAAGCCACGGCGUCACCAGGUCCGGCCUCCCAGGGACUCGGAGAGCAAGCUUCAGGUACUCUUGCGACACAAGCACCAUCAACCAACUCGCAUAUCGAGCUUCCGCAACAGGUCGAUGUGCCCGUUCUGUCGCUUUCGCCACCAACACCAGCACUAGAGCAAACAAAACAGAAUGACCAAUGGGAAGUGGAGGUUCCCGGGGGCUUUCCAGUGUCCUUUGACGCUUUGGCUCAGCUGAAUAGCUCGAACAAGGCCGGUAAUGACACUGGAGCGCUCGCUACGACCUCUAGAGGUCUGGGAGUCGUUGCACCCAGUGAGAGUGAGUCCGACAACGAUAGUAUCUACAGUGAUGCUGCCGAAGAUCCAUCGGAGCUUGAUGGGACCGGCUUUGGAUCGAUCGAUGCGAUUCUCGAUAGCCCCGUAGUCACGUCUCCAUCCACUCGCCUUGCAACGGUCCCGGAAAGUCCUCUUGCCCGCGUGUCAAAUGCCCCACUAGCCGAACAAAUACCGCCCAGUCCAUCCUGGGAAGCAACGCAAGCCCGUUGGAGCAAUAUUGCAGAGCAAACGAAGCAAUCGCCCCCGUCAUCGCCAGUCACUCAGCCACCAGUGCAAGAACCUGCUCGGCCACGUGCGGUGGCCCCAACUCAAGCACAACAGGCACCGCAACCUGUCCAAUACUCACAACCGGCUCAACCCAAAAAGAAAAAGAAGAAGUCGCCGCCACAGGCUACUGUUGCUGCACCAAUUCCUGCUGCUCUCAUAGCUGCACGGGGUGUUGUACCCGAUUCACCACUUCGUCACCCGAAUCAACCUUCUGCUUACCCUGCGAUCCAGCAACAGAGAGUUGAAACUUCUCCACCAGCACAACACUUCAGGCAAUCAAUGCGUGCGACUUCUCCUCCCGCACCAGAGCCUACCUUCAGACAAUCGCUGCGAAAUGAAAAUCGCAUCCCAAUGAGCUCCGCGCCUGGUCAGUUCAAGCAGAACAGGGCCUCGCAACCCGCUCCAUCAGCAGUUUCUGCAGCGCAGGCACAAGCCAGGCCGGCAGCACAACCACGAACUGCUCUCCAGAAGAAACAUAUACCCUCGCAAGCUGUUACUGCCGCACCCGCAGCCACGGUCCAAAAACAGAGAUUACCGCCACCACCACGCAUCCCAAGCAACGAUAGCGAUUCCGACAGCUCCUUCCGGAGAGCAAGGCGCAGCAAAUCUACCAGUGGUGGUCAGUAUACGAUGCGUCGAAGCAUGCGUGGGAGUGCAGGUCCUCCAUCACAGGCCGAUCCGCGGAACGGAGUUCGAUCAGUGUCACCAGUUGGCCGUAGACCGUUCUCACCCCCAGCAGGACCACACGCCAUGAGAACUUCUAUGCGAGGUUCUAUGGAUAACACUCCAACCCUUCGUGGCUCAACUGACCCGAAGAGAUCUUCUUCUCUGUUUGGGCGGCGGCAGACCAGUCAACCCCCAUCGGCCCCUGCAGUCAGUACCAGCGGGUUUACGAGCAAGAUUCGAUCGCGUAUUGUGGACUCGGACGAUGAGGAUGACUAUGCCCCAAAGCCGACCAAGUGGCGAUCGAGAUUUGCUGAUGACAGUGAUGAUGAUGACCCGGGCUUUACACCAGUUCGAGGAAUCCCUAGACGGGCGAAUGAUAGUGACUCGACUGAUCUAGAUGAUAGCUCGGAUGAGGAGAAGGCCCCGGUGCGAGCCACCCCUAAGCUUGCAGUUGCAACGAACAACAUCAGUACGCCUGUAGCGGAUGGAGCACGACCGCAGUCCCCAACGAGCCCGCAAAAACGCGGUCUAUUUGGACGAUUUCGAAGCAAGAAACCCAAAGAGGAAGCUCUGUCGCCGGUAGUGGAGGCACCUCCGCUAACAAUCAAACAAGAAAAGACCAAAGCUUCACAGCUGGGGUUCUCAUCCACGGCAGAACGAGACAGAAUCAUUGAACAGACGAGGGCAAGGCUUGAGGCAGCACAAAAUGGGCCGGUGGCGGCAGCGUCACCGCCACCGUCGUCGCAUGGAAAGCUUCAACGACGGCAUAUCCCUCAACGCGUGAUGAGCGACUCAUGGCCACUCCCGCCCAAGAUCCCCGACGAUGAAAACCUUCGACCUGGUACGGCAGAAAGUGCACCGGUACGCAACGGCUCGACGAGACUUGCAGAAGGAAGUAUGAGAGGAUAUCACGAUCCCGUGGCGGUUGGAAAAAGCGGGAAGAAGAAAAGGUUCCCCAUGCUACGAAAAGCAUUUGGACUGAAAGAUUGA